UAUCAAAACCGUAUUUUUUGAAAAACACAAACCUGUUAAGCAAACCAGAAGAUGAAUAUAUAGAAGCCUCUCAAGUCUCAACCCCAAACACUAUCCUCCAUUAUUACUUUUUCCAAAAGCUUGAAGAUUUGCAGAGUUCUCAAACUUCAAGUGGUGUAUAAGUGGUGGUUUUUCCCCGUGUUAUUUCAGUCUCUCUCCUGUUCCACCGCACCACCGCUCACGGGUCCACCAUAGCACUCCGAAUUUCAAACUCCAAAUUUGGAGAGAAGAAAAUUGAAGUCGAGGAUAAAACUUAGAAACCCUCUUCUCCCGUUAGAAACCCCAAACCUCCCAGACCUAUCUCUCUCUCUCUGUUCCCUUGUGUUGCUGCCACGUUCGCCGGAGUUCCCCUCCUUGUCGGCGCCGUCGCGCUGUUCUCUUCCUCUCGCCGGCGUUCGCCAAGCUCGCGUCGGUGUUGCGCGUUUUCUCUCUCCUCUUCGUGGUGCUGCUGCACCGUCCUGAGCUCCUUGGUGGUCCUGUCAUUGCCACCGCGUGCUGCUGCGGUGAUGUUGGUGUUGCGUCUUGCUGCUGGGUUGUUGUUGAUGCUGUCCCGUUCUUUUUCCUCCUGAAUUCUGUUGGUGCUGCGUGUGGGUGGUGUCGCCCUAAGCGGACGCUAUUACUAGUUGGUACGCUUAACUAGCUUAUCCUUUAUUGAAGAGAUGAGGAUUGUAGGACUAACCGGUGGGAUCGCAUCUGGAAAGAGCACCGUCUCCAACCUCUUUAAAGCUCAGGGCAUUCCAAUUGUUGAUGCUGAUAUUGUUGCUCGGGAUGCAUUGAAGAAAGGCACAGGAGGAUGGAAAAAGGUCGUGAAAGCAUUUGGGAAUGACAUUCUACAGCCUGAUGGGGAAGUGGAUAGGCCUAAGCUGGGACGUAUUGUAUUCUCGAAUCCAGAUAAGCGCCAAUUACUCAACCGGCUUUUAGCACCUUAUAUAUCUUCUGGCAUUUUCAAAGAAAUCCUGAAGCUGUGGUUGAAGGGGCACAAGGUUAUUGUUCUUGAUGUCCCACUAUUGUUUGAGGCUAAAAUGGACAAAUGGACCAAACCUAUUAUCGUUGUAUGGGUUGAUCGUGAAACACAACUGAAGAGAUUGGUUUCCAGAGAUAGAAUAACGGACGAAGAAGCUGAUAACAAGAUAAAUGCUCAGAUGGCCAUGGAUUCCAAAAGAAGCAAAGCAGACAUUGUGAUUGAUAAUACUGGAUCACUCGAUGACUUGAAUGGACAAUUCCAGAAUGCAUUGAAUGUGGUCACCCGGCCAUUAACAUGGAGUGAAUUUAUCCUUUCUAGGCAAGGAGCCUUUUCUGCUUUCGCUUUUGUUGUUUUAGGUGUUUUUGUUGCCAAAAGAAUAUCUAAAUGUGAUGGAUUGUAGCCUUUUUGUACUUUGAGACUCAUUUUCCUGUAAGAUGUGGUAAAUCUAGGAAGAGUUUCAGGCAUUUGCUGUUGGCAAAAUUGUCAAAAUCUCCCUACUCAAUAGAUUUACUUUUGUUUAUA